UAUCAUAUACUCAAUCUCCUUUCAUUUUUAUAAACUUUAUAAACUUUAUAAUAUAUAGUUUUUUAACCCAUUAAUAAUUGAUAAAGGCAAAACAUUUACAACUGGACAAAGACUGAUGUCCUUGCACUUGUGGCACUCAAUUGAGGUGUCCUAUUUUGCAUAAGAUUCUCUUCUUCUUCUUCUUCUUCUUCUUCUUCUUCUUCUUUUUCUUCUUCUUCUUCUUCUUCUUCUUCUUUUAAAUUAUAUUUUUCCAUUCUUCACUCUCUCAUAUCUACUCUAUAUAUACCCUUUCUCACAUUCUUAUUUUCUUCAUCAUCUCUAUAUCUCUUUAAUUUCCUAAUUCCUAAUUUCUUCUGAAUUCACAUCCUCUCCAAUGGCCACUGAGGUUGAAUCAGCUGCAUCAUUGCCAGAAACGGUGGAGGUGGUGAAGGUUGAGAAAAAAUCCUCUGAAGAACAGCCGGUCAUCGAGGCAGAUCCAGAGGUUGAGCCAGCCAACUUAGAAGAACCCAAACCUGAAGCUCUAGAGCCAGAUCAGGUAGAGGAAUCCACGGAGGCUCCUGUAGAGGAAUCCAAAGUUGAAGAGGGUCAAGAAAAGAAGGAAGAAACAGUAGUGGCAACUGAAUCAGAAGAAAAAGAAGAAGCGGUGCCCGAAGCCGAAGAAAGUGCAAAGGUUGAGGAGUCUCCAGCAGCCGAGGUCGAGGCGGAGGCCAAACCUCAGGUGGAAGAAGAGAAAGCAAUUGAAGAAGAGAAACCGACUGAGGUAGCAGAAGAGAAGAGCCAAGAAUAGAGAUCACAUGAAAAGAGUUACUAUGGAAGAGUGGUGGGGUGCAAUAUUAAUUUAUGAUCUCAGCUUUGUGGGACAACUAGUUUAAUUUAAUUAUGUGCUGUUUUUUUCCUAUUUCUAAAAUAGAAACUUGAUUUUCUAUUGGUUUAUUGAGUGAAAAUAUUUGAAUUAUAUUAUGAAAGUUAAUGAUGUAUUAUGGAGUAUAGUUGAAGGAUUUGAACUACUAUAUAUAUGGGAGGUGAAGAAGAUGUUUGAUCUCAACUUAGAAUUUGAUAAAUAUUGGUGUGUGAAGAGUGCUCUACCUCAAGUUUUUCUAGUGGAAUUUAUGCAGUUUAUUAUUUGUUUUCUA